GCAGGGUGGCAGCCCUUGCACCGGGUGGCAACAGUGCACUUCAUGCCUCGUCUGAUUCUGCCACGAAAUGGUUUUGCUAGAUAAUUCAAACUUCAUACUGCGUCUAGAGAAGAUUGCAAAUGAUGCAAAAAAGGAUUCAUCAUUUACCAUCACGUUUAAACGCUACGAUGGACAUGAUCGACCCGUGCCGCGGGAAGGAAAGAAACCGCUGCCAAAACCAAAAACCUACAUGUGUUUAAUGCGUGCACAGUCAAAGUCGAAAAAGAUUUCCACAGUUGUUCGCCAGGAAGAUGUUCCCACUAUUAUGGCAAUGUACACACAGUUCAUGAAGAGCAAAAUGGAUGGCCUUAAGCGUGUAAAGAAAGUCAAAAGCAAGGCCAAGGCGACAAAAGCAUAAUCUAUGUAUAUUUUUGUCGGAGAAGUUAAAAUUAGUUAAAGCUUUUAGUUACUUUCAAAUACCCUAUGGCGAUUCCUUGUAAAUUAAAAUUUUUACCAUAUUUUUGGUGUUACAACA